AUGAACCUACUCGAUUUUCCAUUGGAACUAUUCCGCGAGAUCCUAGAGCACACCAUCUCCAAAUGUGCUAGGUGUGGUUCAUCACACGGCGUUAAAGGAUCCAAUUACUUUUUCGAUUUGGGUCUAGCACGAGUAAACCGUGUUUUCGAAAUAGAGACCUUUUCAAUUUUAGAAAAAAGCCUCUUUCUCAUCAGAGCACCUAAAUCUCGCUGGAGGGCCAAGGAUAGCACAUGGGAAGACUACCAUAGCAUUGCUCUCGCAAGAUAUGUAAUCCGCAAGCCAUACGAAGCAAAUGUGUUUCCUUUGGAUCAUUUCCCCGCUCUCAUCAAUGCUGUUGUUGAUAAGGUCCUUGAGCUCGAGGGUAUUGACCAGAACAACGAACUUGUACGAAAGAGGUACAUUCUUACUUUAUGCCGCGCAACCGGCAGAUCCGCUAUUUUUGGCCAAUGCAGAACGGAUCCCUAUCCAGAAUCCCUAUUGCGGGACCACGUGCUCGUUGCUAGUAUCUAUCUUAGCAAAUCGGUGGUAGUAGAAGAGGUGCUCCACUUGCUCGAUAGCAACGACAGGACUUUGCACAUGAGAUCUGCCGAGAGCGAAUUUUGGGGUCGACCUCUGCUCGCUGCUGUUCGGACAGAGAAUGUUCCUCUUGUCUGUCGACUGUUGGACUUGGGAGUACAUCACCAUCUGGAAGAUUCUGACCAUGCCGAUUUAUAUUUCAAGGCAGCGGUCCAUACAAAACGCGCUAAAGAGAUCUUAUCGCUUUUUCGCUGGCACCAGCAUGGUCCCCUACGCCGCGAAGACGCGUUACACGACACCAUACGCUAUUCUAUCGAAGUUGGCAAUCUCGACGUGGCGAAUAUGAUGUUGGACUUCCACCAAGCGAUUCCUCACUGUUCAAUGGGAUCUGCGUUGCAAGCUGCCUUGAGGAUUGCUUGUGGACAGGGCCUUGACCAUGUGGUGACUCGACUCCUUGAUCUUGGUUUGAAUGUGAACGGGGAUGGUUACAUUUGGAAUCGGGAAGAAGACCCUGCGUAUUUGGCUUGUGCCGCUGGGCAUGCGAGCACCCUGGAUAUACUGAUAAAGAAUGGCGCCGACAGUCACUGGAGCAUGGAAGAGCAUGUACUAAUGGCAGUGGCAGUAAAAGCUGGUCACACAGGCGUCUUACGCAUACUUGUGGAUGCUGGCGAAUCCCUUCACCCACUCCAAGCAUUCAGUAUUCUUGACCAAGCUGCUCCAAGACCGCAAUCCUCGGAAUGUAUCUGGUACCUGCUUCAACGCGGCACUAUCAACCUUAAAGACCUGAUCCAAGGUGCUCGUACUAGGGGAUUUCAUUUUGCGCACAUCAUGACUUCCGCAGCGAUAUACGGGAACGCGGAAUUCAUCGAAGCUAUGUUCAGGUUCGGGAUACCAAUCGACGACAACGAAGUGCUUUUCUAUACAAACCAAGAUUGUGCGCUACCCAUUGUCGCUGCAACAGCGUAUCGACAAACAACCACGGUGGAAACCCUGAAACAGCUUGGGGCACAGGAGGUAGAUCCCACAAAAUCCAUCAUUGCGCGCCAUUUCCAGAGCGGCCUGUUUCCCAGUGACCCUCCAAGGCCUGAGGGUUUGCAACAGUGA